AGUUACCCAAUAUAUAAUGAAAUUUAGGCCCAUCGGAUUGGGCCUAGUCGAGAGAGAGAAAUGGAAGAAUACUCAGCGUCAGCGACCACCGUUGCGUUCGAUCGCCCGAUACCGUUGCUCCGGGGACCGAUUCCCGCCGGUGGUUCGGAUUCAGGGCAGUACGUUCUAGCCUUCCGAUCCGUGGAUGCAUGGGCAGCCGCUCUGAAGCGUUGCGAAACCCUAAUCAAGGAGCAGUGCGAGGAAGGUGCGAGAAUAGGGUGCGCCGUCUCGGCGUCCAAGAAGUGUAAGCCGGCGUGGUGGCGGAGCUUAGCCGGCGGGGUGGACAUGAGGGAAAGAGACAGUUGCGAAGAGCGGGAAUUCAAGGAAUGUUUGGGUGCCGCCAAGGACAAGUGCUCGGGAUUCGCCAAAGACAAGUGCGGUGGUGCGUUUUCAGACGCGCGAAUCGCGGUGGCGACGGAUGUUGAAGGAUCGCUGUGGUUAGCGUCAAUGCCGGAGGACAGCCGGUGGGUGGGUUCACUGGUUCAGGCAAAACGCAAGACCAACCGCAGAGCCAAGGAACUUGUAUUUCUUGGAUUAGAGAGUUGAAAUAUAAACGUGCAAAAGAAUCAAUCUUAUCUGAAUUUAUUAUAUGCUUGGAUAUAUAUGUGUAUGUUAAGCUUUGGUGCUAAACUGCUAAUAGUAUACUUGUUGAAUUCAACAACCACUCUUCUUGUUUCGAAGCAUCGCUGUUGAAUUCCUUAUUUAUCUAUAUAUCUUUGCUCUCAACA